CCAUUAUCGACAAGUCCAGAUAAGGCAGCGUAUAAAAAGUGAGCGCAUCCCUCUCGAAGUCACAGUUUCACACACUCAUCAAAGACAAAAGAAUUCAAUCACAAAAUGAACCCUGCAACCGUUGUUCUCUUCUCCUGCAUAGCCAUUAUAGCUCGAGGGGCCGUCAUCGUGGACCCUACUGCGGCUGCCAUUGCUCUGAAUGCAGGUUUCAGUUCAAGGCCGUUUGGGAUUGGAAGGCUUGCUGGUGGUGCUGGUGGAUUGUUCAACUUGAUUGGCAGUAACAGCUGUAUUGGUGGAGCCUGCUUCUCUAGCACCGCGUCUAACUGCGUUGGUGCGGAGUGUUUGGUCGAAGACGAAAUCAGGAAGGUGGAGGUCCAGAAACAGCUUCAAAAGCAGCUGGAAAUCCAAAACGCUCAGUUCAUGCAGCAGCAACAAAUCUUGAACGAACAACAGCGAUUGCAGCAAGAACGCAUCUUGACUCAGGAAGCUAAGCUCACCCAGCAAGCUAUUGAAGAACAGGCUAUGUUGGAAGAACAGCGAGCUCUUGUGGAUGUUGCUCAGAAAAUGCAGAGGGCUCAACUUCUUGAACAGCUGAAGACAGCCAGGAUGAACCAAGUCGUCAAUAAUGGCUUGUGGAACACUAUGGAUAAGUCCUGCGGUCCUGAAGGCUGUUUAUUCACCGGAAGUAGAUUCUUUAAGCCCGUGGCUGCUGGUAUUUUUUAGAAACUAUAAUUUCUUUUGGAUUCUUGGAUAUGGUUGUUGAAUGUUGGACAUGUUUUUAUGAAUAAAAAAUGCUGUUUUAGUCGUAAA